GUUUUCUGUCCCUCCUGUGAGUCUGAAUGACUAGCAGGUGCGCGUCUUCCUUUUAAAACUUGCGGUCGAAGCGGUGGAUUUUACCAGCUAGUUAAAAUAUAGUUGAGUGUGUGGAACGAUGCUUAUGAAGUUGGAAAGUAAUGAGCGAGGAUGAAGCUCCCGGGAAGCCCGCUUUGUUCGGAGGAGCGCAGGGCUUUUGUGCCGCUAUCAUCCCGCAGCUCAUCCCCUGCUGCUUUGUCUUCACUUGGCCCUCUGAUACCGAGCGUGAUUGGCAGUUUGGCUUGUCCGUAAUGGACUGCGACCAGCAGCAGCAGGUCAGCACCAUGAGUCUUUACGGAGCCGGUGCCAAUGUCAGUGCUGUAGGUGGGACAAGAGAAAGAGGAAAAGCGGAACAUUCCUGGGAGCAACAGCGGCAUUCCAGCAACUGCUUACCCGACUCCUUCCACGAGAAGGGAGAGAGCCAGUUGACGCCCUGCAUCAGGAAUGUCACUUCUCCCACUCGACAGUAUGACCGUGAUGGCGUCUCGUCCUCCAGUCCAUGUUCUCCCAGGAUUCCUAUUCCCUGUUCCCACGUUGGAGGACCCCUGAUUGGGGGACACAUACCUCAGUCGCUAGGUCCUCCUGGAGCAGACCACCACCCAAAGACACUGUGCCCCGGACCAUGUGAUAUGCUGGAUGUGUAUGACCUCGGACAUCGCAGUGGCCUAAGGCUUGGAGAAAGAGUGACACUCAUUGUGGAUAACACAAGAUUUGUGGUGGAUUUGGCCAUCUUCACAGCUCAACCAAACACUAUGCUAGGCAGGAUGUUUGGCUCUGGACGCGACAACAACUUUACACGACCCAAUGAAAAAGGGGAGUUUAAGGUGGCUGAUGGCAUCAGCUCCACUGUCUUCAGAGCCAUUUUGGAUUACUACAAGUCAGGGAUAAUCCGCUGCCCUGACGGCGUUUCCAUUCCCGAGCUGAGGGAGGCAUGUGACUACCUCUGUAUCUCCUUCAACUACAGCACCAUCAAGUGCAGAGACCUCAGUGCCCUGAUGCACGAGCUGUCUAACGACGGGGCACGGCGUCAGUUUGAGUGUUACCUGGAGGAGAUGGUGCUGCCACUGAUGGUGGCCAGUGCUCAGAGCGGAGAGAGGGAGUGUCAUGUGGUGGUGCUUACUGAUGAAGACGUGGUGGACUGGGAUGAAGAGUACCCUCCUCAGAUGGGAGAGGAGUACUCACAGAUCAUCUACAGCACCAAACUGUACCGCUUCUUUAAGUACAUAGAGAACAGAGACGUGGCCAAACUGGUGCUGAAGGACAGAGGACUGAAAAAAAUACGACUGGGAAUAGAAGGCUACCCGACCUAUAAAGAGAAGGUGAAGCGGCGUCCUGGGGGUCGUCCAGAGGUAAUCUACAACUAUGUCCAGCGUCCCUUCAUCCGCAUGUCCUGGGAGAAGGAGGAGGGGAAGAGCCGCCAUGUGGACUUCCAGUGCGUCAAGUCUAAGUCCACCACCAACCUGGCCGCAGCCGCUGCAGACAUUCCCCAGGACCAGCUGGUGGUCAUGCUCCCUGUGGGGCCGCAGGUGGACGAGCUGGACACUCUGCCUCAGCCACCAGGCGGCAGUGACUCCCAUCAGCUGGCAGUGGGUCAGGGGCCAGAGAACAACGUGGGCCCCCAGCUUCCGCAAGGCUUCGAGGGCCCAAACCAGCAGGCUCAGGAUACUUCGCAAAGCUUGUCGUACAGCAACCAGCAGCACAACAGCAGCUACACUCAGGCCACUUACCACUAUGAGCCGGGCCCAGACACACCAUCCCCCUCUGCAUGAGACUGGCAGCGCACUAAACCCCUCCCUCCAGUGAUGUGUUUACAGGAACCGCAACAAGUGCUGUUGUUAUUUACAUCAUUACACAGACCAAUUCAGAGUUAGGAAAUACUAAAUUAUGGCUAAUGAACAAACUAAUAAACCAAACAAACAUUGUAAUUAGGGCCGGGACUCGAUUUAAAAAAAAGUAAUCGAAUUAAUUAGAGGCUUUGUAAUUAAUUAAUCGAAAUUAAUCGCAUUUUAAUCGCAUAAAAAAUAUUUGACCUGAGAACAGUGAGAAGUAAUUUUUUUCACAUGGAUUUUUAGUAUACCAUUGAAUAAUGACUGAAUACAUAAGCUUAAGCAACAAAAAUAUUGUUUAUUUUUGUUCAAGUCCAACAGACCAGUGCAAUUUUUGCCAUUAAAUGUAGCAAUAGCAUACUUAGAAAUAUAGUACAUUUCAGAAAUUCAGGUAGCCUAUAGGUAGGUAGACCUUCUGUAAACUAGAAUACUUUGGUUUUUGAAGUAAAACACAAUCCAUGCUAGCUACCACACUAGCCGCUAGCUGCUGUUUAGCAUUGAGGUGAUACUUGAGGCUGGAUGUGCUGCGGUGAUAUGUGAAUUCCUUGUUGCAUAGCAACACAGCCAUGCUCUUAUCGACGCUUCCAUCCGUUGGUUUUUUGUAACAAAAUGUCCCAUCAUCCACGGGGCCAACCAAAGCGUCUCAUCAGCUUCUUCCUUCAUGUUCACUGUGGUUUGUUGUUGUCUGAACUCAUGAACGCUAGUUGGUGCUCCAGUAUAAUCGGUCCGCCUGAAACUCAUCCGGUGAGAAACGUUCUGCGGUGCAAAAAUAAGCGUGAUUACAUUUUUUUUUAACAUGUUAAUUUUUGUGUAAUUAAUUAAUCUUAAUUAACGCGUUAAAGUCCCGGCCCUAAUUGUAACGUGAACAUUGAUUGUAAAACUUGCUAAGAAGCACAGACACGAAAUUGGCCUUCAACAGCCAAGAAGCACACAAGAUACAACCGUUUUCAGAAUGAAUUAAAGCACUUCAGGCCACUUGUUGCAUUCACUGUGAACACAUACUUUGUUUCCCUGCUGCCCACAGUACCCCUCACUUCCUCCCCCUGAGUGGCAAAACACCACUUUGCCUUCUGUUGCACUUCUGCUGCAGCCUUUCUCAGUUAACACAGCAUCCCAAUGCACAAGAACUGUCAAGCAGCCAAGGAUGGAUGAAGCACAUCACCAGGCCUCCUCACCCUCUUCACUCCAUUUGUUUUUAUUUAUUUCACCAUAGGAGAGUUAAGAUGCACUCUAUGCCAUAGACUGUAUGAGGAAUGAACGAGAUCCAGAUGUUUUGCCUUCAUUUCUUGGGAACUGUCAGCCCCAUCCAUCGUUAUAUGUAGUCUGUGCUGUAUACAUUUGGAAAGGCUGUACUGCAUUUUAUUACAAUGAACCAUCUGUGAGAGCUGUUAUUUAUUGUGCUGCUUGGAUACUGUUCCUCACGAAGAAUGGGGAUUUUUUUUUUUUAGUGCCUCUUACGGUUCGUCUUUAUUUGGAGGCUAGUUAGUAACAUGGAUUUUGAGAUCCAUUCUUUCCAGUGAGUGCUUGUGAAGACAUUGAUGAAAGGGAUUUGUUUAAAUAAUAAACUUUUUAAGGAAAUGAUCAACUCACUUUGUUCUUUAAACUAGUCGAUUUGGGUUCUAGUUUGUUGAGUCAACAAUUUCACUGUUUUGCUGUACUCGUUUGUGUCCUGGCUGACACUGCUCUGAAAAUCUGCACAAAUUAAUUCAUCCCUGCUGUGUGCACAAAGGAUGCCAGAAGAGAUGUUGAAAAACAAUGUUUUUAUAAUAAAUCGUAUUCACAACACUCA